UAACCUUAAAGCGACAUUCACUAGCCAAACAUUGCAUCCAUCACCUAUACAUUUGUUAUGAGAUAUUCCAUUCCACAUACAUUCACAACACUGUCUAAACUUUAAAUCAAUUUAAAUUUAAUUAUUUCUGAACAAUGGCUGCGGGCAAAGUUGCGGCUGGUUUUGUAAUUUUUAGAAGAUUCCAUAGUAAAGUAGAAUACCUUUUACUACAGACUUCAUAUGGCAUUAAUCACUGGACACCACCAAAAGGACAUGUUGAUCCAGGUGAAACUGAAUGGGAAACAGCACUAAGAGAAACAGUUGAAGAAUCAGGACUUGUUGAGAGUGAUUUAAAGUUCUAUAAAGACUGCAAGAAGGUCUUAAACUACCCAGUGAAUGGCAAACCAAAGAAAGUCAUCUACUGGCUUGCUGAACUUGUUAACAAGAAUGCCCUGGUGAAACUUUCUGAUGAGCAUCAAGCUUUUGAAUGGUUGCCAUUUGACAAGGCAUGUGAAUAUGGUUCAUUCAAAGAUAUUGUUGAUACUUUUAAGGAAUUUGAUACAUACAUUACUAAUAAUUGUGCUUGAAAAUAGUAUAUUAUUGUGAAAUAAUAAAAAUAUUCCGUAUUUAACCUAAA